CUUUACCAAAUACCGAAAUGAAAGUGAUACUGAAAGAAUCAUUGAAGACAAGAAUGGAUAAACUUUUUGAUAACGAACUUUUCAACGCAGCCGUGUAUUUGGAUCCACGUAUUAAAGUCUGUAUGACAAGCGAACAGAAAACUAGAGCGCAGAUGUACAUAGUGUCGUUAUAUAAGCGAAUAUACUCAAAAGAAGAUUCUACAACAGACAAUACGGCCUGCACAAUACUGGAUGAAACUCCAUCAACAAGUAAUGCAUGCACACCGAAAUCCUUUUCCGAUUACCUGCAAACUUUAGAUCCUACCACGCCUACACAGAGUUCUUCAAACAUUGAUAAUUUUGAAUCCGAUCUAUCCACUUAUGAAAGAAAAUAUAGAUUGCCACUAAAUGCAAAUGUUUUACAAUAUUGGGACUCUUCAAACAUUAUUAGUGGCAUUGCGAAUAUUUUACUGGCAAUACCAUCAACACAAGUAAGCGUGGAACGCUUAUUUUCAGCUAUGAAAUAUAUGUUAUCCGAUCAGCGCAAUCGAUUGUCACCGUUAAAUUUGGAGCAUAUAUUAAUGGUAAAAGCCAAUGGGAUUUUUAAUUACCAAUUGGGAUCAGAUUAAUGUUCUUACUGGUGUACUUAUAUUUUUAGUUUAUUACAUUUCCUUUUUUACUUUCUAUUUAUAUUAUGUUUAUUAUAUUUAACUUGUUUAAUUAAUUCAAUUUUUAUUAAAAAAUACAUUUAAGUAAUAACAAUUAAAUACUUA